GCUUAGACAGACAGAUGCAGAAAUGAUCCUGACAGGUCCCAGCUUGUGUCUUCCUUCUCCAGCAACGGUCCAGGAGCUGUUCUCCGUUUCUCGGGAUGCCAGCAUCAUCCCUGAUAUCUCCUUGGAUCCUGUCCUUACCACCUUCCUGUCCCUGGACUCCUCUGCAGCGCUGCGGCACCAAUAUGUCUUCUUGCAGCGAGGCAUGACCAGGGAGUGGCAGUCGACAUUCAGGCUAAACUUGACUGAAGAGCUGGGAGGCUCCAGGGUUACCCAUGGAGGGGUAGGGGUCGUUGCUCUGGCUCUGUCCAUGCUUUUUGAACAGGUCGCCCAACAGGUCCGAACGCAAGGAGCAACAGUGGCUCAUAUAUCAACAAAGAGAUCCAAACCCAAUAAGAUUUUUGGCAUCAGUGCAUCUUCAAGAAUUGGCUGGAUUAUCCACAACUACCUCGGCCUCAUUCCUGGCAUCGCCAACAACCAGGAUAAGUUGGCUGAGACCACACAGCUGUAUGACAACUGGCUGAAACUUGAGCUGCUAGACCACUAUGAGAGAAUGAGCACAAAGAAGAGGAUGAGUACAGAGUCCAUGCAGCAGUGGCUGACAGGGGCUGCAUUUCAUCUGCACAUGAGAAUCCACCAGGUUCGCCUGCAAUCUGUGCCGUUAGGAUCGGUUGAGUCUCUGCGUUUGUCCUAUAAAUCAAGCUUAACUCACCUUGUUCAAGGCUAUACAGCCUAUCUGCGCAGGAACGUUCAGGAAAUUCAAGCUCCAUCACCACAAAAGCCCAAAACCAAAGCAAGCCAUUGGCCCAAACCAACAAACGGAUCCAGCAUAACAAAUGUGACCUUGUCCAAUAGUUUCCUCUUUAAUGUUAGUAUGUUAACUAAACCUGAUAAGUUGAAUGAUUCCACCAUGUCGAAUUCAACCAAAGGAAAUAACUGUGAAAGAGAUGUAUCUUGUGAAGACUUUGGAGCCAGUGAGCAGAACAUAAGCAACAGCUCCACACAAAACACGAGGAACACGAGCAAACUCAACCCUUCUGCUGGAUAUAAUGGGGAGCAGGAGGACGAGGAGGAGGGCAGAGUCAGUCUGUUAGUCAUUGAGCCUCAGAGAAACGUGAGUCACAGCGUGCAGCAUCAUCCCUGUGAGUCUGAAGCCAUCCAACAGGCUUUGGUGACUCGCAUCAUGAAUGCUCAGGACCUGGAGCGCAACAGAAACUUUUUCACACACCCUAACAGAGUCCUUCACAGCCUGCUCAGGCAGAUGGACGACUUUCAGUUGAAGGAAAUUAGACUGAAACCAUAAUUUGACAUUUUUCACAGACUUUGUACAGUUCCCCCCCCCAAAAUACAGCGAAAUAUUUUGUAAUGUUUUGAAUAUCUACCAACUGUUUGCUUCUUUUCUUAUUCUCUGUGAUCAUGAGAGAUGAUGGUGUUAUAUCAAAC